AUGGCGAAAGACCAACACGUACCCCGCCGUUCAUUUUCGCUGAAAAACACGCUCGAAACGUUCUACAGAGGCGGACCCAUCUGCAUCGACAACGAGCUUCUGGCGUGCGCGAAUGGCGACGAGGUGACGGUCGUGGACGCGAAGACUGGCGGCGUGAAAUCCCGAACGGAGGGAGAUACGGAACCGAUCACCGCGAUGUGUUUCAGCGCGAACGGGAAGAAAGUGUUCGUGGCGUCGAGGUCGUUAGCGAUGCGAGAGCUGGACGUGGAGAGCGGGAGAUUUAUUGGGAGGAAAUGGAAACCGCACAAGAUGCCGGUGUUGGCGGUGUCGGUGGACCCGAGUGGGCAGUUUUUGGCGACGGCGAGCGCCGAUCGAACGAUUCGGGUUUGGGACAUCGAGAGAGGGUACGCGACGCACUCGUUCAAAGGUCAUACGGCUAUGGUGACUGCGGUGCAAUUUCACGAGACGAGAGGGGUUUUGAAGCUGUAUUCUGGUUCGGAUUGCGGAGAGGUUGGAUUUUGGGAUUUGCGAGGGAACAAAGCGGACGCGCCGAUGGCGAAAGAUGCGCACGUGAGUGCGGUGACCGCGAUUGGGAUUUCGACGUGCGGGAAGAAGAUUUUGAGCGCGGGAAGAGACGGUGUCGUUCGCGUUUUUGGUUUGAACGGGAAGGUGAUAUCGACGACGAACGUUGGAGAGGCGGUGGAAGCCGCGAGAGUGUUACCGAGGAAGAGUGCGUUGUACGGCAAGUCCGGAGAAGAUCGCGAGGAAGACGGGAAGGUGAGGUUUGCGACGGUAGGGAGCGGAGGCAAGGUAAAGCUAUGGAAGGAAGGCGCCGGGAAGGCGUUUUUGGAAUCGAAAACGUUAACCGGUGGGGUGGAGAAUAACGCGAAAUCGAACACGGAUUUCCAAGCGGCGAGCGGAACGUUCGUGGAGUGCCGAUUAGCCGAGGAUGGGGAGAUGUUGUUGGCGGUAACUGGAGAUGCUCGAGCACUCUUUUUUGAAACAACUGGUGGUAGUAGUAGUAGUAGUAGUAGUAGUAAAGGAAAGGAUAAGAACAAUAGUAAAAAGGGUAGUAAAAGUGGAUUGACGAUUGCGCGAGAAUUGAUUGGCGACUGCGACGAAAUCGUAGGUUUGGCAUUUGCGAGAAGUUCGUUGGAGAAAACCGUGUACGAAAAUGAAAUCGCACUUAUCAGAGAUUACAACGAUCCCGAAGAUGAGAAAGCAAACAGCGACGACGAUGUAGACGGCGACGAUGACGCGAGAAAACGGAAAUCGUUGAACGAUGCCAACGCAGAUAGGGAAACGUUGCCUCCACCUGAAUUGUUGUGUGCGGCGACGUCGUCGUCGCCUUUACUUCGUAUUUUCCAAGCGCAUAAGGAUAGGAACGCUGGUUUCACGUGCAUUGCUGCUUUAGCUGGACACUCAGAGGCCAUUUUAUCCGUAGAUUGCGCGCCGAGUAAAAUAGUGAAUGAUAGAGAAGAAGUAGCGGUGAGUUUAGCGGCGACUGGAUCCAAAGACCAUAUGGUUCGCUUAUGGAACGUCGAAAAAAGGGAAUGCAUAGCGUUCGGUAAAGGUCACGUGAGUGCAGUAACUUCUGUUGCUUUCGCACCGAGAAAGAAUGCACCGUUUGUAGUUUCUGGAGGGCAAGACCGCGCCUUGCGAAUAUGGGACGUGAACGCAGCUUUAGAAUUGCACGCCAAAGCUAACGACAUCAACAACAAGGAGGACGAUGAAAACGAUGAAGAAAAUGUAGUCAUACGUAUGCCAGCGAUUGCAGCGACUGUGGCGCACGAUAAAGCCAUAAACGGCGUGGCAGUGUCGCCAAACCAUUUGCUAGUCGCGUCAGCUUCCGCAGAUCGCACGGCAAAGCUUUGGAAGAUGCCGGAUUUGCUCUGCGCGGGCGUCUGUCGCGGGCAUAAAAGAGGCGUGUGGGCGAUUGCAUUUUCUGAUGCGGAUAAAUCCGUUGUAACUGCCGGUGGCGAUAAAAUUAUUCGCUUGUGGGAUUGUUCCAACACGACUGGUGGCGAUUUGCCGUGUUUGAAAUCGUUCGAAUCGCAUUCAGGCGCCGUGUUAGCGGUGAAAUUUUUAUCGUCCGGACAACAGCUCGCCUCCGUCGGCGGCGAUGGGAAGCUCCUCGUUUGGAACAAUAAAAACGGGUUAGCCGUGAAAGAGUUCGAAGCGCACGAAGACAAAGCGUGGGCGAUGGCCCGAGGUGGCGACGGCGCGUACAUCGCCACCGGUGGUGCCGAUGGAUCUUUGAAACUUUGGGAAGACGACACGUUGCUUGCUUCGAAACAUCGCGAAGAUAAAAUGCAACUCGGCAUUGAGAAAGAUCAACAGUUGCAAGACGCGGAGGCGAUUGGAAACGGGAGCGAAGCUUUAAAAUUGGCGUUGAAACUCGAUCGGCCGCGCGCGUUUUUACGCGUAGCUUCGCGUAUGACCAUGGAACGUGGCGAAAAAGGGAUGCAAAUUGCCAAAGGAGUUUUCAAAGAACUCGAUACGGAAGAAACCGUGCGAUUGCUCAAAUACAUUCGCGAUUGGAACACAAACUCGAAGACGAGCGGCGUUGCAAAUAAAAUUUUAAAGUGUGUGUUGACGGCAAAGCCUUUGGAUGCGAUGUCAAGUCUGCCGGGAAUCAUUGAUUUGUGCGCCGGAUUGAAAGCGUACGCGAUUCGACACCAAAACCGCGCGCAGAGGAUGUAUCAGAGUACAUUCUUGAUCGAUACGGCUCUGACGAGAAUGGGCGGCCUGAGAGAAGAAAGCGAGUUAAUGCUUGAUAUGGAUGAAGAAGAAGAUGAAGAGGAGGAGGAAGAGGAGGAGGAGGAGGAGGAGGAGGAGCGCAUCGCAACGCCUCCCAAACCAAAGAAAUCAUCGACUGCGGCUACAAAGACGAGGAAGAAAUCGCGAGUAUGGGAGACGGAAACGGUAAUAGCGCCUUUGGAGAAGGAGAAGAAAGGAGGCGACGCGAUAGAAGCUUCCGAAAAAGAGAAAGAGAAGCCAACCACGAAACCACCUCCUCGAAAGAAGAGCAAAAGCCCGUCGCCGGCGCCUCCGAUUGAGAAGCGACCGACUCGCCGAAGCACGCGAUCACAAACGCCAGAAGUAGAAGAAAAAGUAACCGCCGCGAAAGAAAAUGAGAAAGAGAAAGAGAAAGAGAAAGCGGAAGAACAACAACAACCGUCGAAGAAAAAACGCGGUCGUCCUCCGUCCAAAUCAAAAUCUCCGCCCUCGCGCGAAGAAGAGGAACGCGCUGCGGAGGAGCCGCCCCCUGCGAAAAAGAAGCGAGGUCGGCCGCCCAAAGUACCACCCGCGUCAGCGACGAAAAAGAACGCGACGACGAAGAGUAAACCACCACCACCACCGAAAGUAGCGCUUCGUCGAUCGCUGCGUUCUCGUUCUCGCUCGCCCACGCCAAUUUAG